UUGUUGAGGUAUUAGACUAUUACUGAGUUUGGGAAUUGUUGAAACACAGUAAGCAAAAGCCUGCAAGAGAAUCUGACCCCUAAACAUGGCAACACAGAGGAACUGACCCUCACCCUGCCCCCUUAAUUUUACACUUUACCAUCUUCACACACUUACAUAUUAUUACUCCAUCCCCACCUCUCUCUCUCUCUCUCUCAUCUCUCUCGUGUGCUCUUCACUUUUGCAGAAAUCUUGGUGAACCAGAAAGCUAGGGAGGAGAAUUGAAGCAGAUUAUUAUGGUUCGUUCUGCACUAGAUCUGAUGCUUGCUGCGUUUGCAUGGAUAGUAUAGGGUGACAGGGAUAAUAUGAUGCAACAAAACCAGAAUAAUCUCAGAGAAUCUUAGCUUCACACCAUUAAUUAUCACAUCAUCACCCCCCCCCCCCCCCCCCCCCCCUUCUUCUAUGUUCAUGGAGUUCACCUUCAAGAUUAUCACCAAAACAACCCUUCUGCUUUCUCUCACUCUCUUCUUCUCCCUUUAUGCACUCUCCACCACUCAACACCCCCUGGACACCACACCUCGGCCAUUUGCUGGAAAAGUUCAGUUUUACUUCCAGCAGAUAAUGAAGAAAACCGGCGAGAAGUUGAGCGGCGGCGGCGGCGGAGCAAGGAGGAUGCUGGGUGGCCCAGGGUCGUCUCCGCCGCGGUGCACGUCAAAAUGCGGGCGGUGCACGCCAUGCAAGCCGGUGCACGUGCCGGUGCCGCCCGGAACGCCGGUCACGGCAGAGUACUACCCAGAAGCUUGGAGGUGCAAAUGUGGCAACAAGUUGUACAUGCCCUGAUGCCCUUAUCCAUUAUAUAUAUAUAAUAUAUAUAUAUUUAGACCCAUAAAUCAAACAACAUCAACAUAUAUCAUCAUUAAAUAUUACUAGUUUAUCAAUC